CUCUUCUCCCCCAACAUCUUACCCACAUACGUCAGCAUGGAGAACCUCGGAAAGAUCUCAGCCUUCGGGAAGAACAUCUCUGCUUCCUUCACACCAUGGGCGGCCAGGACACAGCAGUUUGUCAAGGAGCAGGUCGGCCAGGUCGAGGAUAAGACGCAACUCCCCCCCGACUACAUCGAGCUCGAGAAGCGAGUCGAUGCCUUGAAGCGGGUGCACACGACCAUGCUGCAGGUCACCUCGCAGUACGCAAACGAAGCGUACGACUACCCAGCCAACCUGCGCGAGUCCUUCAACGACCUCGGGCGCACAGUCUCGGAGAAAGUCACCCUCCUCUCCAGCGCCACUUCGCCUGCAGAAGCCCAGGCCGCCCUCUCCGCCCCGCCCUCCGCAAAGCCCCAGCCCAAAACCUUCAGCCAUGCCGUCGCCCGCGCCGCACUCAACAGCUCCCACAUGCUCACCGCAGAGCAGUCGAACUCCAGUGAGGACCCGCUCGCUACGGGACUCGAGAAGUACGCCAUCGCUAGUGAGAAGCUGGGCGACGCGCGGUUGGCGCAGGACGCUCAGAUCCAGAGCCGCUUCCUCGCCGGCUGGAGCACAACGCUCAACACCAACAUCCAGUUUGCGACGCGCGCGCGCAAGGCUGUCGAGAGCUCCAGGCUCGGCCUCGAUGCGACCAAGGCUAGUGCCAAGGGCGGUGCGUUUGUGCUGCCCGGCCAGGCUGGACGGGGCCAUGGCAUGGAGGAGGACCUGAGUGAGGAGGCGAGGGCGAAGAUCGAGCAGGCUGAGGAUGAGUUUGUAGGCCAGACAGAGGAGGCGGUCGGCGUCAUGAAGAAUGUCCUCGACACACCCGAGCCCCUGCGCAACCUCGCCGACCUCAUCGCCGCCCAACUCGAGUACCACAAGAAGGCGUACGAGAUUCUGUCGGAGCUGGCUCCUGUCGUCGACCAGCUCCAGCUUGAACAAGAGGUGCGUUAGAAUCAUGCUUCGCAGAUCUUGCUCUUUCCUUCUCUAUCUGCCUACCUGCCUGCCCCUUUGUCUGAUGCCGUUUUGCAGCAGAAAUAUCGGAGCCCUAACUGAUGAGGCUUUGUGCGCGUGUUAGGCUAGCUACCGCGAGGCGAGGGAUAACGCUUAGACGUGUAGGGUGAGGAGUGAGGAGUUGGGAUGGAAUGGGGUGGAUAGAUGUUUCGCGCUCUUGCACGUCGAGAUGCGUCACUUGGCUUGAUGGAUGGAUGAAAGGAUGGAUAAACGAGAUAGCCUUGCACUCAGCAUACUUAGUCCAUGAUUGACCGACUAUCCCUUUCGCCUUUUACUUGAAUACACUACACCCUUCC